GGAUGGUCACCUCGUCGUCGGUCACCUGAAAUUACCGUGUGGUCAGUUAAAGCACUCGUAGUGAACCAACAGACCAACAGUGUCGAAUUUGUUAGUAUUUACCAAGAAAACAUGUACUGUUAUUAUGUUUUGAUAGUUUCACUAUGUCUCUUUGACUCGCCUUUUGUCAUUGCAGAGGAAGAUUCUAUAUGCACAUUAAGCUCAGUAGGUGAAAAGGGAAUCUGUAAAUUAAUAUCCGAUUGUCCUUACGCUCGGGAUCUUUUAAAAAGGAAGGUGUACCCUCAAAUAUGUGGCUUUAUUGGAAGAAUUCCAUUAGUUUGCUGCAUAUCGAAUCAAGGCUCAUCUCUGGCGACAGAACCUCCAACUACCUCAACUACAAAAAGUCUUACUAACGUUCACUUAAAACCAUCAUUAUCGUCGCAAAACCUUGCAGCGUUCUCAAGUGAAAAUCCUGGAGAACUUAGCAGGAAUAAAUGUUUGUCGUACUACCCUAAACCACAAUAUCCUAUUUUGGUAACUGGUGGUGAACCGUCCCUGGUUAAGGAGUUUCCCCAUAUGGCAAUCAUUGGUUACGGAGAAAGCAAUAACAUUCAGUGGUAUUGUGGGGGUUCCUUGAUCAGCAAGCGGUUCGUUUUGACUGCUGCUCAUUGCCUUACCAGUAAAGCUGGUGAAGCCAAAUACAUCCGAUUAGGUGACCUAGACCUAUCCACCGAACAAGAUGACGCUGAUCCACAAGAUUACACAAUUAUCAGAAGAAUCCCACAUCCCUCCUUCAAACCACCAGCCAGGUACCACGACAUCGCUUUGUUAGAAGUUGACCGCGAAGUGGCGUUAUCAGCUUACGUCUCACCUGCUUGUUUGAAUACCGAAAGGGAAGUUAAUCACACCAGACUAACCGCAACUGGUUGGGGGGAUACUCGCUUUGGAGGGAAUUCUAGUACUUUCUUGAUGAAGGUCGAUUUGAAUCAUAUAUUCAAUAACAAAUGCGUGGAGGUUUUUGGGAGAUAUUCAACCACUCUGCUACCCAAUGGUAUAGUUGACGAUUUUCAAGUCUGCGCGGGUGGGAUAAUUGGUCAAGACACAUGCCAGGGCGACUCUGGAGGGCCCCUGCAAGUGCCAGAUCGAGAAAGAUCUUUUUUAGUAAAAGUACAUAGUCUUAUUGGAGUGACGUCCUUUGGAAAAGCGUGUGGUUUGUCAAAGUCACCUGGUGUCUACACGAGAAUUUCCAAUUACCUCCCUUGGAUAGAAAGCAUUGCUUGGGAAAAGGAACCAACGUUUUACGGAUUUAGACCCUUAAAUUAGAAUUAACGAUAUAAUUUUAUUGGAUGUCAUCAACUUGUGUUAUCUCAACGAAAACAUUGAACUGAGGAAAAGACAUCUUCAGGAUCCUAGAAAUAGUGAUUAUACUCGCAUUUUUUAAAAUGAACGUCAUGUGGACUGAAUUUUAUCCAGAGCUUUCAUAAAUGCCAUGGGACCGUCGAAAAUAGGCAACCAACAUUACACGAUUGGCACUACUAAAAAUGUCUUUAUGA